CUGGGACACCCUGUACUUUUGAAGAUAUGGACCUUAAAACAACACACCCUAAAGGUAGUGUAACUUAACACCUAAUGCGACGACAAACUUGUUUUAAUCUAUAUAACACAUCCCCGUCUAAGUGGAUAGAAUGUUUCAACUCAAUCUGACCAGUACUUCUGUCAGAAGAUAAACAGCGCACCUUGAAUGAAGCAUGCUCCUUUAUUGUCAUAACACUUCGUAGACAAUUUACACCAUUAUAUUCAUACGACUCUUUUCACAAAGGCAAGUUUAAGCUCCACUAAGUUCUUUUUAAAGUACUCCCCCUCAAAAGAGAAACGUUUGCAUUAUGUGGAAGUCUGUGCAUGCAUGUUCGGUUACAGGCGUGUGAUUGUGUACAUGUACUGUACACUGUAGGCCUACCAUGACAUGUUUUUGAUCUCAUGACGAAGUGGCGUGAAAGUCGACAAAAUGUCAUGAUAAACUACCAUGUAACCUUAAAUCACGUCUUCUUGAAAAUAAAUUACAUGUGCGUUACAAUCUGAACGUAGCACUGGAGAAAAAAUGGGUAAAUAUUCCAUUUCAUACAGACCACUGUGCCAAGUUUGAAGAAAAUCAAACUAAGAUGAUCAUUGAAGCUUUUCAUGGUGAAGGGGACAAAUAAAUAAAAAAUAGAGGCUUGCGGUAGCACCGUGCAUUGCAGGAUACCGGUGUCUCUUUGUGAAGGGGGGGCCUACGUGUGGUUCUGGAAAGAACCGGGAUCCGGGUACUCAACGUUUCUGAGAGUAUGCUAUAACGGAAAGGUACUCCCUCCUAAGUCAAGUUUAAACUGUGUAAAGCCUUGAAGAAUGCCACUCUUUCUUGAUCGACUGAAUAUCAGUGCACGUAGUUUUACAAACUGAAAUAAAUGGGAUAGCCUAUAACAUGAGUAUGUCAGUUAUGUUAUUUCGAACGGGUUUCAAUAUUGUAAAUUACUUGAAAACCCUAUCUAAGAUGGUUUUUGUAAUUUUUGAACAUUUGGGAAAAUGGCAAAUAGAAUUUAACUUUAACGCCCCAAAUCCUUUGCUCUGUAUUCCAUCAUGGAGCUCGUAAUAUGUUAAUGUGUGUAACUGUAAGCAAAGAGUCUCUUUCACGGAAGGACGGACGUUUUGAAUAAAAGGCCAACGGGUGAACAUUCCUCUCCCCUGUAGUUGUUUGUGUGGAUAAAUACAGGCAACGUCACAGUUUAGCCGGGAAACAGUUACUUACGACCGAGCACCAAGCAUGUACCGUUGCUGUCAGGUUUUCGGCAAAUUUCUCCGCAACGACUUCUGCGGACCAGCCGCCCACUGGUCUCGCCCAAAGUCUAGAUCUGUCCUCCAAGAGUUGACCAAGACCGAGGCGCCGCAGACUGUUAGACAGUUUGAGGAGAUCCCCGGUCCCAGACUGUGGCCAAUAGUUGGAUGCCUACCUGACUAUUUGACGAAUGGCCUUAAAAACGAAGGCUUCCAUAGGAUGUGGGAAAAGAGGUACGAGGAGUUUGGAAAGGAGAGCAAGAUAGUGGCGGAGCGAGUGUUUCAUCGUCAGUGGGUCAACGUCUACUCACCGGCCAUCAUAAAGCAGGUGUUUGCCCAAGAGGGCAAGUAUCCCGACAGGCCCUCUUUUGAGUCACUCAAGUCAGUACGUCAGAAACAACUGGGUCAUUUGGGAAUUCCAGCUGAGAACGGCGAGCGCUGGAAGAAGGGACGGAGUCUUUGGAACAACCGUGUGCUCCGGCCCAAGGCUGUGGAAGACUACAUUCCCCGUAUCAACGACGUCGUCGAUGACUUCGUUGAGCACAUUCGCCAGUUAGUAACUGCUGGGCCGCGAGAAAUUGACGGAAAACAGCUUAAGCCUGGGGAGGUGCCAAAUCUUCUGACAGAAUUCAUGAAAUGCGGUCUGGAAAUGAUGGGAUCGAUUGCACUGAGUAAGCGUCUCGGGGGGAUCCGACCGGGUCUCGAUCUUGACUUGGACGCACAUCGUUUCGUGUCUGAAAACGUUCAGAUGAUGCUCCAUGUGACGAAGCUGGAGCAGACCACGUUUCCACUCUACAGGUCCUUUCCAAGUAAGAGGUACCAAGCCAUGAAGAGACACUGGCUGAAUGCGUGCGCCAUAGCAUCCAAACUCAUGGAAGAAUACGCUGACCGAAUGAACGACACCCUUGACAGUGAGGACUUUACAGACAGUAUGGCUCCCGACAUUUACUCCUAUUUUCUAGCCAAGAACACACCAGCCAAGGAGCUUCUUGGGUAUAUGCUGGAUCUACUCACAGCCAAUCUGGACACAAUGUCAAACUCAAUGAACAUGCUGCUGUACUGCAUAGCGAACAACCCUCACGUCCAGGAGAAACUGUACAGUGAGGUUAGUGAGGUUCUUCAGGGAGGCAGAGUAACGGCCGAUAAGUUGAAGGAUCUGAGGUACCUGAAAUGUUGUGUCAAGGAAUCAAGCAGAAUAUUCAUGACGGUCCCCGGAACAGCACGUGUUCUCGACCAUGACAUCGUAAUAAACGGCUACAAUGUUCCAAAAGGAACCCAGAUUAACAUGUGCUUCCAAGUCAUGUGUAAGGAUCCGGAGAUUUUCGAGGAGCCCAACGAAUACAGACCGGAGCGUUGGCUUGAUGUUCGUAAGGCCCCAGACAUGGCAUUUUCACAUCUCCCCUUUGGAUUCGGCCCCCGCAGCUGUGUGGGAAGAAGGCUGGUCGACCAGGAAAUGUACAUUUUGCUUGCCAACUUGAUGUCGAAGUUUUGUAUCGAGAACCUCUGUGAUAGUGAACCUGACCUGGAAUGGAUUGGGGUCAGUCUCUCUGCAUCCAAACCUGUGAAACUCGCCUUUCAUGAGCGCUGAGGGCGGCAUAACAAAAAAGUUGACGCCUAUCUCCACAUUAUACACGUGAAAAGAAAAUGGCAACGCAAUCAGAAAAGGUUUUGAUACUUGUUAUAUUGCUUACUUUUCGUAUGGCCAAGUUUGCAGAGGUAGUAACUCAGAGGAUCAUAUUUUAAAGGAACUAGGAAACAGAAAUAUUUUUAUAAGUUAUAAUGAAAACCCUCGAAUUGCAUCUUUGGGUUUUAAUUAACCUUAUUUCAAAUUUUAACCCAUGUUUUUUGGUUUAUGCGAAUGCAUAUUUGCAUAUUCAUGAGCAGAACUAUGUCGUCAUCCAGGGCACUUAAUCUCAAUGUUGCACUGAUCUGUGCACAGAAAAUUUCUAGAUUUUUAACCACUGCUAUGGCAGAUUUUAUUUUC